GAGAAUAAUAUUCUGUAAAGAUCCGACAAAAAAUCCAAUAGAAAAACAGCUUCCGGGAUGGUUGUCAUGUGAACGACAAGACAAUGGAGUGACCUCCAUAACGACGUACAUUUGUAAUCAAAGACAAAUCCCCAAGAGACUUUUUGCCCUUGAGCCACAACAACUCACGGCAAGAAAACUAUCACUUUACCAACAUUCCCUUCAUCAAGCCUUGGACGAUACUCCAAGAUGGUUUUCAUGAAUAAAUCAACUCUCUGCAUCAGAUGGACUGCUUUCUUUCUCAAUACUUUGAUUUGGAUUGGAGGUUCAAUAAUGCUUGGUCUUUCGAUUUGGGUUUAUAGUAAAGAGACUGAAUUCGAUCACAUGGCCAGCGAUAAGACUGCAUCUGCUUGCUAUUUGGCACUGUCCGUUCUACUCUUCGUCAUUGGUUUUUUAGGCUCUUGCGCAAUACUUCUUCUAAAACCAAGUCUUCUAAAAAUUUAUUUUAGUUUCAUAAUGACCAUACUUCUAGCGGAGCUCUCUGUGUCGCUUUAUCUGUAUUUUGAGCAAGAUAAGAUCAAAGGCUUCGUAGAGAAAAACUGGAAUGCUACUAAUGAUGCAACAAGAACGCUGAUCCAAGAAAAGUUCGAAUGCUGUAGUAUGGAUCCAGUCAUAACGAGCCACAGUUCGUCCGAGGACUCAUCGUGCUAUGAAAAAAAUGCAGACAAUACCAUGGCCAGACGGAGAGAUUGCUACACACAACUGUUAAGCUGGGUGAAACGAAAUAACAUUGCACUGGCUACUAGUGCGGUUUUGGUGGCUCUCAUACAGGUAUUCUUACUGGCGAGCUCUUGCCGGUUACUGGCGACUAUCGACUCAGGAGAUCGAAUGAUAAGACAGAUUAAGGUACGACCACUAGCUUCGAACAAUGAACUACAUCCUGAUGGAAGCACAGCCUCUUACACACCUCCAUCUACGCCUGUUAGACAUAUCAUUGAAAGAAAAGAAUGGGCUAAACUCAGCUCAAAGAGAAGCUUUAGAAAUGCAUUCGUUGAGGGUAAGACUAGUAAAGCAUCUUAGGAAGAGGCACAGAGAGUGUUUCGAAUCAUGGGAAAUGUUAGCGUACAAUAUGAGGACUGUAGGUGGACGGGAGUCCAAGCACUGUAGCUGGUUGGUAUGGCUUUUCAUUGCUUCUUGGUGAGAAACCAUUUGUUGCCCAUUUCUAUCACAAAUGGAUCAAUAAUAUGAAAUCAAGACAAUACCUGUGUGACUUGGCAACAGUUGGAGAUCAUGAUCAUGAUUCCUUAGUUUAGCGCGCUCCGAGUCAUCAGAGAAAAGACUACGGAACAUUUAUAGUGCAAAUGCAUGCCAGAUGAUUCAUGACGUCGAAAGAAGGAGAAAAAAACGACUUUAGCCGACUUAUCAGAAAGGGAUGAAUGGAUAUCAUGUUGGAUGAAUUUAACAAAAGAUUCAUCACGAAUCUCUUUUGUUAUAUUAUCCAACAUGGCAGACGUGUCUUUUGUUAUUUCUUUCUCUUGGGAACGACUGCAAACCAGCAAUACACUCUAACAUAGUCUUAUUGAAGCUCCAAAAAUUCCCAUAGUGAUACCAUUUUCAGUCUGUAAUUUUGCUCUGGACCCAAUCACGUUUAAUGAUGACCCAGCACCAAAUUACGGAUCGUUUAUUUUUGGCCAGGAAGGAUUUGGGGGCCAGUUACUAAAAAAAUCAGGAUCAAGAUGGGCAGGGCAYGAAACAAGUCCAAUCAAAUGGCAGGUCAAUAAAAAUAGCACCUUUACUUUGGAUUGUGUUUUGCGAACUGAGUUAGUAUGUAUGAUAUAUGCAAACCUGUCAGUGGUUUUAUUAAAUGGCAUACRAAAGUAGAAAUACAGAAAUUUUAUUUUUUAAACAAAAAAAAGGGGAGUUAAAAGAUGCAAGUUACCGCACACAGCAGAUGUCUUUACCAAAAAUUUUAGUUACUUACAGUAACUAAAAUGUUUUUGGUAUAUUUUGUAAAUUUUCAUGUACACUUAAGUAUUUCAAAGACCUUUUGCAUUUGAUGUCAAAGCAGCUCAAUCUGGAGGUCAAAAUAAAAGAAUUCAAUUCCCUUCUUCUUUUAUGAUGUUAAUGUUAAAUUGUUCUGACCCCCAGGUAGGGAUUUAGUGCAAGGGGUCUAUAAAGAACUAAAUGACACUUGAUUAUUGAAAUCACUUUAAUUUAUUUCAAUGUACAUAAUGGUUUACUAAGAAACUUAUGUAUGUAUGCCUCGAAAGAGUAUAAUUAUUUCUAAUUAAUAAUUCAUUUAUGCAUGAAAGAGUUCUCAACCUAUGACACUAAUGCCAUUAUUACAUCUUGAUUCUAUGCACUACUACCAGAAUCGAAUCCUCUUCAAAUUAUUUUUCUGAGUCAAAAGUUUAAAACUCACCCAAGUUCCUUAUUUGCUUGGAAUAGCCAAUUGGGGUCCCAAUCGGAAGUCGCAAGAUAGUAUAUGGUGUUACUGGUAGUUAGGAAAAGACUAUGUAAAGGAUUCUAGUAGUGGUAGAGUGAAGGCAUUUAACCAGUGAAAUAUAAAAUACUAGUCAACGUGUAAUAGUCAAAUAGACACAAAAGAAAACAAUGGAAUUAGGGGCUACUAGAAGUGUAUAUAAUAAUAAAUAAUAAAAUAUCUAUUUCACUGGUUUAAUGACUUCACUCUAAUAUCCUAAAGGUGUAAUAAUAUAAGAACAAAUAAUUUACGACAUACAUUAAAAAGAUAGAUUGAGUAACAAAAAUAAUUAAUACAGUAACUAAUACUAUGUCCUAAAUUUGAAUUUUGAGGUAACAUUUUUGCACUUGCAUUUAAAGCCUUUCAUGGUAAAUCCUUACUGUGCGAACACACUUGUGAUCACAAUAUAGAGUGAAAACAAAGGAAACAAACUUGAUCCAAUCAGGAGCAAGCAAUGAAGCCAAGAUAUAGAACUGAGAAGAAACUUAGAUGUUCUCAACAACUGUGGCAAUGAGUGCUUGUGAUUGGCCGAGGUCAAUAUCAUACCAAUAUUGCUCUCUCCUGAUUGGCUAAAGUCUUUCUUAUCUUACAUUUUGUUUAAGUGUUCCCGGUUAGUGUGUCCGCAAAGUAAAGUAUAGAUACAUUCUUAAAAGAGAAAAUAUAAAAAUAUAAGGGGUAUGCAAAUUCGUUAAUGGCGAAAUUUGUAAUCUGCAAAAAAACUGCUAAAAUCCAAAUCCAUGAUUUGAUAGUUGCUUUCAUUGUAUUUUUGUGUUGGCUAACAAAAAUAAACAUGAAGCAUUUCUGAA